GGGAACGGGGGAUAGUGUUUGGAGUCUGGGGAGGGGAGGGUGAGAUUUUGGACUGUUCCGGAGGGAAAUGAGUUCUGAUCCUGUUUGCGAGGUCAGUGCAGCUUUAAAUGGUGUCUUUAGUUCUCUCUCCCUUGGCCAAACGUCUGUAGAGUGAGCCCCGCCUCCGUCAGCUGUCAGAUACAAAUAGGAGGGGGCCCUGGGCAUACAGCCGAUGCUGGGACCUCGCACCGCGAGUACAGUAGCAGCAGCAGAACAGGGGAGGGGAGCAGAGAGAAGGGAGUGAGCAGCUCUCCGCCAGGUUGGGUACCCCUGCCUGAAAGAGAAAGGUGGCCCGGGUGAGAAUCUGGGCAGGGAAGUAAAAGCAGGGAGACAGAGAGGGAGAAGUCAGGCCUGAGAAACUUUUAUUUCGUUCUGAGCAACUUUUGAGUUCCCUAUCCUCUGUGUGUGUGUGUGUGUGUGUGUGUGUGUGUCUUUCUCUCUGUGUCUGCCUCUUUCUGUGUGUUUGUCCCCGUCUCACUCUCUCUCUCUGUGUCUCUGUGUGUCUCUCUCUCUCCUUCUGUCUGUAUCUCUGUCUCUUUCUGUCUGUUCUCUCUCUGCCUGUGUGUGUCUCUGCGUCUGACUGACUCGCUCUUUCUGCUUGUGUGUCUCUGUCUCUCUCUCUGCAUCUGUGUGUGUCUCUGUGUCUGUCUGACCCUCUCUCUCUGCCUUUGUGUCUGUCUGUCUCUCUCUCUCUGCCUCUGUGUGUGUGUGUCUCUGUCUGCCUCUCUCUCUCUCUGCCUCUGUGUGUGUGUGUGUGUCUCUGUGUCUGUCUGUCUGUCUCUCUGCCUCUGUGUGUGUGUGUGUGUCUCUGUGUCUGUCUGUCUGUCUCUCUGCCUCUGUGUGUGUGUGUGUCUCUCUCUGUACCUGUCUCUGUCUCUCUCUCUGCCUCUGUGUGUGUCUCUCUGUCUGUCUGUCUCUCUCUCUGUACCUGUGUGUGUGUGUGUGUGUGUGUGUGUGUGUGUGUUUGUCUCUCUCCCUCUCUGUAUUGUGGAGGGAUGGGGGGAUCCCCGGACUCCGAUCCCACUGUGCGGAUGAACAGUACCUGCGAGAAGACCACUCAUAUCCUGGAGAACAGUCAGCCUGUGGUCAGCAUCGUGAUGUUCACUGCAGGGGUGGUGGGUAAUGUGUUGGCAUUGGCCCUGCUGGGGGUGCACAGGAAGGAGCUGCGAACCAAGUCCUCGGUUUUCUGUAUCCUGGUAACCGGGCUGGCAGUCACCGACCUGAUGGGCACCUGCUGCCUCAGCCCCAUGGUGUUUGUGGCGUACGCCCAGGGGCGCUCACUGCUCGGCCUGGCAGAAGGAUCUGGCCUCUGCUCCUUCUUCUCCAGCGCCAUGACUUUCUUUGGGCUGGCAUCCACUCUGCUGCUAUUCGCCAUGGCGGCCGAGCGGUGCCUGGCUAUCAGCCACCCGUACCUCUACCCCCAGCACGUUGGCAGGAGCCGGGCCAAGCUGGCACUGCCCACCAUCUACAUCUUCGCUGGGCUCUUCUGCCUCCUGCCCGUCGUCGGCUUCGGCCAACACAAGCAGUACUGCCCGGGGACCUGGUGCUUCCUGCAGAUGGAGUCCGGCAAUUGGGCUGUGGUGGGCUUCUCGCUGCUUUAUGCCAGCCUCAUCGCCUUGCUGGUGCUCGCCGUGGUUUUGUGCAACGCCUCGGUGAUCGUCAGCCUCUGCAAGAUGCACCAGAGCCAGAGAAGCCGGCGCGGCUCAGUGCUAUCGUCCCAGAGGAAGGCUCGCAGGAGGAGCAUCUUCGGCCAGAGGGAGGAGGAAGUGGACCACCUCAUCCUGCUCGUCUCCAUGACUGCAAUCUUCGCCAUCUGCUCCCUGCCCCUCACGAUUCGUGGAUUCAUCAACGCCAUCAGACCUGACAAUGACGACCAGAAGGACCUCAUGGCCUUCCGUUUCUACGCCUUGAACCCCAUCGUCGACCCCUGGCUCUUCAUCAUCCUUCGGAAGUCUGUGUUCCGGAACAUUCAGAGGAUCCUCUGCUGCCGUUUCUCAAUGCCAAUCCGCAACAACACCUUCCAAGAGCCGUUAAAACAGCAGAGCAUCUCGUUGUGUUGACGAAGGCCUGGAAGGAAAGCUUGGCAGGUCGUGAGAGAGAAAGAGAGAGACGGAGAUGGGUUUUCCAUGACUGAGGUGGCUCUCAGCAAGCGAGGGACAGUGACUGGAACUGAGGCAACGAGGGGUUACCAGGCAUGGUUGAAACUGGCAUGGAGAAGGAAGGAGAGGAGCAUGUUCACCCAAUAUCGACUGGCUCCAGUAACUUCUAUUGCACGUCUAGCCCACAAACUUUGACCCUCUUGAAAAUGAUGCAAGGAGCUUUAUUCUCAGCUCAUUCAGAGGGUACCUUCAGCCUACCAUCCUCACUCCUUAACUCUGUCCCUCGGCCUCCCAGAUGGUACUAACCCAGGCCUACCUCAACCUGAAGUGGGAAUUAAACUAUUGAACUAACUGUCAUGCGGACUGAAUUAAUUUAUAACAGGACUGAGGGAAUGAUGUUAAUAAUAUCUGUAUAUAUAUAAAAAAUGAUGCCCUGAGCACAAUGCUGGAAAAUAAUAUGGUACUCAGAUAUUCUACAAAGUUUUCUUUGUUCCUUUAUUAGCUUUGCUGGCAAGACCAGUCGCCCAUUCCUGUUUUAAGCUUUAAGAUGGUGAUGAGCUGCCUUCUUGAACCACUGCAGUCCCCAUGUGAUGUAGGGGCACCUACAAUGCUUCUAGGAUUUUGUCGCCACAACAACAAAAGGGUGAUAUAUUUGCAAAGUCAUUGCAGUGUGUGGCUCGGAGGGGGGCUUGCAGAGGGUGGUGUUCCAGUGUAUCUGCUGCCCCUUUGUCCUGUGAGGUGUUAGAGUUCAAGAGCUUGGAAAGUACAGUGAAAAAAUAACAAUAGGACGUCAUGUAGAUGGUAGGCACUACUGCCACUGCACAUGGGCUAGUGAAUGUUUAAAGUGGCGAAUGAGUUACUGAUUGAGUGAGAUGCUUUGUGCUGUGAGUGUUGAACUAAUCCAGGCUAAUGGCAAUUAUUCCAUCAAUGGGUGCCCUCUGUUUUGUGUGCCUUGCAGAUGAUGGACAAGCAUAGAGCAUUUCCCCACCGCCCACCCAACAGGAUCAUGGUGUAUUUAACAAUGGUAGUGGAUUUGAAUGCAAAGCAAGAGGGUUAGAUUCUCUCUUGUUGCAUGGCGAGAAUGUGACUAACCCUAACCCAGCCUGAACAUUCUCCAGGUCUUUCUGUGAACAGGAAAGAUUUGUCAGUAUCUGAGGAGUUUGUGAAUAGAACAUUUCAAUCACCAACAAAUAUUCCCUAUUUCUGACUGGGUAGUGGGGGGAAGGUCUGUGCUCAAGCAGUGAAGCCAGAUUGUGCUAAGUCUGAAUUACUCCUGGGCCUAAGGUGAUUGUCCUCCAAUAACACAGCCACCUCCUUUGUGUUAAAUGUAAUAGUAUAUCGAGAUGUAAGACACAAUGAGUUUAAUGUUCCAGAGUCUUAGAUUCAGCAUUGUGAUGUUCGGCGAGAUUUUGAAAUAAUGAGUUGGCUGUUUAUUUUUAAUUGAACUUUCUUUGUAAUGUGUCGCUGGUAAAGUGGUUCUCUAUCGCUCACAACACCAGGUGUGAGACCAAAAUAGAAACCCCCUCCAGUGGCACUGUGUGUGUGUGUGUGUGUGUGAGAGAGAGAUAGAGAGUGUGUGUGUAUAUGUGUGUGUAUGUGGGAGAGAAAGAGAGAUAGAGAAAGAGUGUGUGUGUGUAUGUGUGUGUCUGUGUGUAUGUGUGUGCGCGCACACGUGUCCUCAAAGUAUCCGUGACAGUGCCUAGACUCACAGCGUCCCUGAUAGUGUCUAGAUUCUCAGUUCUGGUGGUUUCUGAGUAGCUGUGAAGUCUGUCUGGUCUCUUAGCAUCUGGUCUCAGUGAAUGUGCCGUUGUCUGAUCCCUCAGCGACUGUCACAUGUGCCUGCCCUUUCAGUAUCUGUGAUAUUUGUGUGGUCUUUCAGUGACGAUGAUCAGUGGCUGUAAUGUGAUCAAUACUGUACGAGUUCUUGCAGGAAAUAAUGUUAAAAGCAUGAAUAUCUUCACCUUAUCUCGUGUCAGGGUAAAAGUUAAGAAAUCAUUUGAAAUAUUUAUCUUUAAAGUAAUGUCAAAAAAUGCUUCUCGAUAUUGGUUAAUUGCUGGAUUUUUUGAACUUUCUAUUCGGGAAAUGCCUGUCAGGAAAAGUGACACAGAUGAUGGACACAGUCAGUCUUUCCAAAAAUUUAAUCCCUAAACAACACUUACUUAUUUUGUUGAAACGAGUGAAUAAGGUCAAGGUGAAUGGAAAGUGUGAGCAAACAGUCAUUUUGUAAGCUUUUAUGUAUCAGAUGAGGUGAUCAUUGUCACUUUGUUGUUCUUGCGGAUGUGUGGUUUUUUUUAAGAAUGCACCCCACUCGCUCUACUGAAGGUGCCGAAGAACACCCGUCUUGUCCCAGCCGUUUGGCUGACUUUCACAAUUCUGUGAAUGUGUGCGAUUGUUUUGCACAGCCUGCAACCUUCUGCAUUGAGGCCUCGCCUUUGCCAUGGUUAAGUGUUCGCUCCAAAAUCGAGUCAAGAACUGACAGACAAGCCGAAAUAGUUUGCAUCGGUUUUGGCGGAACCUGAAACACUGGGAAGGACAGUUUCAGGGUAAGAUGUCACUCAUUGAGGACUGAGAAGGAAAGAAAUUGCUUUCAGAGGGUUGUGAAUUUUAGGAAAACUCUUCCCCAGAUGGGUCAUUGUUGAGGGGUCAUUGCUGCGAGCUAUCUUGGAGAAGCGAAGGAUAUAGGGAGUUGGCUGGAAAGUGGAAUUGAAGCCUAAGAUCAGCCGCGACUGUAUUGAAAAUCUCCAGAGGCUGAACCCUCCAAUGCUGCCACCUUCAUGUUUCAUUUCUUUUUCGUUGCUGCAAGAAAUAUUAGGAAAGGUCCGUCAAAAGGGAUAGGUUUUCCGGGCUGCCUCAGAGGAAGUACAAGAGGUUCAGAGAGGAAAUUCCAGAGCUUGGGAAUGAGACGGCUCAUGGCACAACCACCAGAGCUGGGGGGUAAUUCUGUACAACUCUAUGACUCUAAAUCUUGAAGAAGCAACAAGCUGGAAUUGGAGCAUCAUGGAAAUCCUGUAGGGAGGGUCACCAAGACGGGAAGUAAAGAACCAGGAGCCCUGCUUAAUGUUCUGGUGACAUGGGUUUGAAUCUUAUGACAGCUGUUAGAACUUAAAUACAAUUCAUAAAUCUGGGCUAUUGAGCUAAUCCCGUGAUAGUCAACAUGACAACACAAAGGAAGUAAUUGAGUUUUAAGCCAUUAUUUGGAAAGGGCGGGGAUGGGUGAAUUCAGCAUUGACAGUAAAGAGGUUUCCUCAGCUCAUGAACCAGACUUGAGUUCCUGUUGCAGUUGCUGAAGAAGUGCUGCACUCUCUCAAUCCUACCCCAAGACCCUUUAAACUAAGGCCUAUCGGCCUCACACUCAGAUGGAUGUGAAACAUCCCAGACCGAAAUGAGUUAGGAGCAGAAGUAGGCCCCUCAGGCCCAGUCUGCCCUUCAGCAAGAGUAUGGCUGACACAGUUAGCCCACAUUCCACACCCCACCCCCAACAAUAACCUUUCCCACCCCCCACCCCAACCUUAUCAAGUCAUACAGCAUGGAAAUUGACCCUUCGGUCCAACCAGUCCAUGCCGCCCAUAAUCCCAAACUAAGCCAGUCCCACCUGCCUGCUACUGGCUCAUAUCCCUCCAAACCUUUCCUAUUCAUGUAAUUAUCCAAAUGUCUUCCACCACUUCCUCUGGAAGUUCAUUCCAUACAUGAACCACCCUCUGUCUUUUUAAAAUCUUUCUCCUCUCACCUUAAAAAUAUGCCCCCGGUUUUGAACUCCCCUACCUUGGGGAAAAGACCCUUGUCAUUAUCACCUUAUCUAUGCCCCUGAUGAUUUUAUAAACCUCUACAAGGUCACCUCUCAACAUUCUACGCCCAAGUGAAAAACGCCCCAGUCUAUCCAGCCUCUCCUUAUAACUCAAACCAUUCCAUUCCAGGCAACAUCCUGGUAAAUCUCUUCUGAACACUCUCCAGCUUAAUAAUAUCCUUCAUUUAACAAGGCUUUCAAAUGAUUCAAAAGCACUUCUUCAGCUGCCUUUUGAGAAAGACAGUUCUCAGGUUUCAUGACCCUCUGACAGAAGAACAAUUCCUUAUCUCUAUGGUAAAUGGGCAACACUAUAUUUUUUGAACAGUGACCACUAGCUUUAGAAUCUCUGCUCAGAGGAAAUAUUCUCUCCAGCUUCAGCCAGUCAAGACCCUUCAGGACAUUAGGGAUAGUAAGAACUGCAGAUGCUGGAGUCUGAGAUAACACAGUGUGGAGCUGGAGGAACACGGCAGGUCAGGCAGCAUCAGAGGAACAGGAAAGUUGAUGUUUCAGUUCGGGACCCUUCAGGACAUUAGAUUUUUUUUCAAUCAAUCAUCAAUGGUCGUAGAAAUCACAUCUGGUUCACCGAUGUCCUUUAGGGAAGGAAAUCUGACAUCCUUACCCAGUUUGGGCCUACUCGUGACCCAUAGCCUCAACUGAAAACUUCCUGUUAAACUACUCGGUUCAAGCACAGGGCAUGAAGUGGGCAAAUGGUCAAGAAAGCCUAGCUUUGAUAGGGAUGCCCAAUUCCCAUGAAAAGUACAAAGAACAAGCCCUCAGUGUUUUGGAGACAGUGUAGAGAUAGGGUGAUUGCAUAACUGAAUCCAAGGUUCUGACUACACGGGAGCCACUAUCUCUACAAGCUCCUUUAGUCCUCUAAACAGUCCGUGUUCUUCCAACCCUGGACCCUUGCACAUCUCCAACUCCCGUGGACUACAACUUGCAGCCUGUCCUUCAGCAGUUUGGGUUCUAAGCUCUGAAUGUCUCUCCACCUAUCUCUAGGGCAAGCCUUUGCAUUUUGUACAAGCCUGUCUAAACUCUCAUAUGCAGCCUAUUCAUUAUACUCCUGGUGGCCAGAUUGUGAAGAUAGAAGCUGGAGUCAGCAUUCACUCGGAAUGAAUUUAUUCACGGAGUGAAACAGUACAAGGUAUAUGUCUCCUAACUCCACUCUCCUGCAUCUUAAUGCGCGCUUAGGUAACCAUUCAAUUAGUUCCCUCUCUCUGUAUGUGACCUCAAUUGAUGCCAUUAGCCAAAUGAUCCCAAUCACGAGAGGACAUUUAAAGUGUUAAAGUUUAGCUAAUGAGUCUGUACUUUCAGGAAGAGAAAGAUGGUUACAGAUGUUGAAAUUCAUAUUUUAAUGGCACAAACAGAUGUCACAGUCCCACUCCCCAAAACUAUUCAAAUGGCUAAUGUCACCAGCUGAACAGCAGAUGGGAAUAGCUUUAAUCAAUGAUGAUAUGAGUUUGACUAUAGCUUGCCAACUAGUCCAGGAAUGCCUGGGAACUAACAAUUAAUCAACAACUGUGAACAAACCAGAGGGACUAAUUCGUAGGGCAUUGAAAAUUGUACAUUCGCUUUCUUUUAAAGUAUAACAACCGAAAGAACUGUGGAUGCUGGAAAUCAGAAGCAAGUCAGUUUUUAUUCAAUAUUUAACUCACUGCCAAAUCUCUUCCAGGCAUACCCACCUUGAGGGGGUUCUGCGCCUCUCUCUGACUGGAUUUCUACUCCAAUUUUCUCUUGUCUCUAUCUCCACCUCUCCUUAUCCCCUUCCCCUACACUCUCUUCUGCAUAUAAACCAGGCAUCUUCCCUAGCUACCCGUCAGUUCUGAGGAAAGGUCACUGGAACCAAAACGUUAACUCUGAUUUCUCUCCACAGAUGCGGCCAGACCUGCUGAGUUUUUCCAGCAAUUUCUUUUAAAGUAUGCUCUCUGGUUUGGUUGCCAGUUAUUUAAAAACCAUUGGAGAUAGAAAUAAAGACUGGCACCCAAGAAGUGGCAUUUACUGCUCUGUGCUGAGUUAGCUGAUCUCAGCUGGAGGGAAGUAAUUGAGUUUUAGGCUCAAUUAUUUGGAAAGGGUGAGCAUGGGGAGUUCAGUGUUGAUAGUCAGAAGUUCCAGACCCUCUCCGAAGCUCAUGACCUCGGCUUAAGUUGCUGUGGCAUUGCUGCUUGCUCCCAAUCCUACCAAUGACCCUUUAAACUGAGGCCCAAUGGCCGCACACUCUGAUGAAUGCAAAAGAUUCCAGGCCGAUGUCUUAAUGAGAAGCAAGUAAGUAAACUCCAAGUUCUGGGCUGACAUUCUCCACCAACAGAUGCCACCAGAAAAGAAAUCAUCAUUGCAUUGCUCUUGGUGGAAUCUUGCUGUGCAGAAAUUGGCAUGACAAUGGCAGUCUGUUGGCUGUUAAAAGUGUUACUGGGUCACGUAGGCACAGUAGGCAUUGAACGCUGUCAUGUUGACCUUCAUAGCAAGAGGAUUCGAGUACAGGAGCAGGGACGUCUAGCUGUAAUUGUACAGGGACCUUGGUGAGACCACACCAGGAGCAUUGUGUGUGGUUUUGGUCUCAUCAUCUGAGGAAGAUGUUCUGGCGAUGGAGGGAGUGCAAUAUAGGGUUUCCCAGACUGACUCCUGGGAUGGCAGGACUGACUUAAUGAAGAGAGACUGGAUCAGUUAUAGGGCAAUAUUCACCGGAGGUCAGAAGAAUGAGGGAGGACCUCAUAGAAACCUGUAAAAUUCCAACAGGGGUGGACAGGGGAAACACAGGAAGGAUGUUCCUGAUGACAGAGGAGUUCAGAACCAGGGAUUGCGGUGGUCACAGUCUAAGAAUAUGGGAUAGGCCAUUUCAGACUGAAAUGAGAAAGAGUGGGGGAGCCUGUGGAAUUCUCUGCCAUCAGGCUGGAUGCUGUCAGCUAUUGCAGACCCCUGACUUAACCCGAAUCCUUCAAUGGCUCUUGUUUAGUUCUUUCGUCUACAAUUGGAUAGUUCAAGUCUCCAGUUCCCAGUCUUAAACACUUGCCAAUAUUUGGUCCAUCGCCAGUUUCUGUAUUAAAAUGCAAACAUGUUUUCACAAUUGCCAAACUGGCAUCAAUUUUGUUCCGAAACAUCUUUGUCAUUUCCAAUACGGAAAAAUUUUCCACAUCAUAUAUUUUGGUUGCCAAAUAUUUUUUGGUUUCCGCAAAAUUUGUCAUUGCUGGAGAGGUGAAAACUUAAUGAAGGUCAGCAUAAAGAUCCAAAGGAUAGGUACAAUGAGAGUUAGAUACAGAAUAAAUCUCCCUCAACACUGUUCCCAUUAAACACUCCCAGGACAGGGGCAGCACGGGGUUAGAUACAGAGUAAAUCUCCCUCAACACUGUCCCCAUCAAACACUCCCAGGACAGGGACAGCACGGGGUUAGACACAGAGUAAAUCUCCCUCAACACUGUCCCCAUUAAACACUCCCAGGACAGGGACAGCACAGGAUUAGGUACAGAGUAAAUCUCCCUCUACACUGUCCCCCAUCAAACACUCCCAGGACAGGGUCAGCACAGGAUUAGGUACAGAGUAAAUCUCCCUCUACACUGUCCCCCAUCAAACACUCCUGGGCCAGGUACAGCACAGAGAUAGAUACAGGUAAAUCACUCUGUACACUGUCUCCAUCAAACACUCUCAGGACAGGUUGAAUCAGAGAAUCCCUACAGUGUGGAAGCAGGCCAUUCAGCCCCUCAAGUCCACAACCCUCUGAAGAGCAUCCCACACUGACCCACCCCUCUACCCUUACAUUUCCCCAUGGCUAACCUACCUAACCUACACAGCCUUGGACACUCUGGGCAAUUUAACAUGGCCAAUCCAUCCUAACCUGCACAUCUUUGUGACUGUGGGAGGAAACCCACACAAGCAUAGGGAGAAACUCUCCACACAGACAAUUGUCCAAGGAUAGAAUCAAACCCAGGCCCCUGACACUGUCAGGGAACAGUGCUAACCACUGAGCCAUUGUGCAACAUUGUGCAGGUAUAGCACAGAGUUAAAUACAGAGUAAAGCUCCCUUUCAAAUAUCCUAUCAGGCAUAUCCAGGUAAAGCAUAGCACAAGCUGUACACAAAGUAAAGUUCAUCUAUAUCUUCUAAUCAGCCCUCUCUUGGCAAUUAAAGCAUAUGUUAGAUACAGACAAAAGCCUCUUCCAAACACAUAAAAGGGAAAAGUGUAUCUAAAGUAAACAUUUGUCCCUUAGGACAUGAGACUGUGGAAUUAACAAUAGGAGAAGAGGAAAUGACAGGGGCUUUAAACAAACAUCUUUGAUUUGUUUGCCUGUUGGAAAACACAAUAAGCAUUUGAAUAAACACUCUAAGCUGAAGCAACAAGAACAGUUGGAAGUCAGGUGACAUUGAGGCACUUCAAACAAAGAUUAUCACUAGAGAGAGUCUUUCUCAGUCUCCCCAAGGAAACUAGUAACACUAGCAGUGUAACUAAACCUGAUUCUUACAUUUCAGGGUCUUGAGAGAAGUGGUUGCAGAAAUGGUGGAUGCAUUGACUGCAAUCUUCCAAAAUUCCUUAGAUUCAGGGAAAUUCCCAUUGGAUUGGCAAACCACUGAUAUGUGGGAGACAGAAAGCACAAAACUAUAGGCCAGUUAACUGAACUCCUUCUGUUAGAAAAGUCCAGAAAUGCAUUAUUAGAUAAGUAGCAACAGGGCAUCUGGAAAUUCAUAAUAUAAUCAGGCAGAGUCAACAUGGUUUAGUGAAAGGAGAAUCAUUUCUUAAGAGCUCUUGAGGAUGUAAUAGGUGAACAUAGAGCAGUACAGCACAGGAAUGGGCCCUUCAGCCCAAAAUGUUGUGUCGAACGUUACACCAAAUUAAACUAAUCCCUUCUGCCUGCCCUUGGUCCAUAUCCCUCCAUUACUUGCAUAUUCAUGUGCUUAUCUUAAAGCCCCUUAAAUGCCCCUAUCGUAUCUGCCCCCACCAACACCCCUGGCAGCACAUUCCAGACUCCUACUAUCUCUGUAUAAAAAAACUUGCCCUUCACAUCCCCUUUGAACUUUCCCCCUCUCACUUUAAAUGCAUGCCCCCUAGUUUUAGGCAUUUCAACUCUGGGGAAAAAAUUCUGACCGUCAACCCUUUCUAUGCAUCUCAUAAUUUUAUGGACUUCUAUCAAGUCUCCCCUCAGCCUCUUCCGCUCCAGAGAAAACAGCCUGAGUUUUUCUAGCCUCUUCUUAUAGCUGAUACCCUCUAAUCCAGGCAGCAUCCUGGUAAACCCCUUCUGCACCCUCUCCAAAGCCUCCACGUCCUUCCUGUAAUGUGGCGACCAGAAUUGAACGCAAUACUCUAAGUGCUGCCUUACCAAAGUCUUAUAAAGGGUGGGAUAGACAAUGGGGAAGCAGUAGAUGCCAAGCCUUUGAGCUGCCAAAAGGGCAUUUGAUAAGGUGCCACCUAAACAAAAAGGCAAUUGCUUAAAAAUAAGAGCUUGUUGCGAUGAAGAGGGCAGGAGGAUGGGACUAACAUCAAUGAAGGAUUUAGUAAUUAACAGAAAAGGGGUCAGGGGAAAUGAUCAUUCUUGUGUCAACAAACAGUAACUAAAGAAGUGCUGCAGAGAUCAUUGCUGUGUCCUCUAGUGUUCACAAUCUAUAUUAAUACCUUGUCUGCGGGGACUGUCUGUGCUGUAGCCAACAUUGCUGACAAUGCAAAGAGAGUUGCUGGGAGAAAAGUACAUUUGAGAACGACACAGAAUGUCUGGAAAGGGAUAUAGACAGGUUGAGUGAGUGGGCAAACAUGUGUCAGAUGGAGCAUAGUGUGGAAAAAGUUGAGAUUAUCCACUUGGACAGAAAGGAUGGAAAAAAGUAGAAUAACAUUGAGUUGGACAAACACUGAAGUACGCUGUGGUGCAGAGGAAUCUGGGUGACUUUGUCAUACAUCGCAAAAGCUUAGCAUGCAGUUCCAACAAAUACUCGGAAAUGCAAACAGAUUGCUGUUCCUUAUUGAAAGGAGAAAACAGGAAAUUGUGUUUCAACUGUACAGGGCUUUGGUGAGAGCAUUAUGUACAGUUUUGGUCUCCUUAUGUAAGGAAGGAUCUUAUCCAUUGGAAGCAGUUUGGAGAAGAUUCUCUGGUCCCUGGGAAUGAAUUGGUUUUCUGGUGAGGAAGGUUGCACAGGUUCAGCCCAUAUCUAUUUGAAUUUAGAAGAACGAGAGGUGGCCUUAUUGAAACAUCUAAGAUGUUUAGGGGACUCGAUAGAGUAGGUGCUGAGAGGAGGAAUCUCAGGCUAGUGGUCACCCAAUGAAGACCAAUGAGAAGCAAUGUCUUCUUUCAGAGGGCUGUUUAAUGUUUAAAUUCUUGUCCACAGGGAGCUGAGGAGGUUGAACCCCUGUUCAAGGUUAUGACAGACUGAUUUAUGACCUACAGAGGAGUCAAAGGUUAUGGGGGUGGGGUGGGUGGGUGGCAGUCAGGCAAGAAAGUGGAUUUGUAGCCAAGAUCUCAUCAGCUGUAAUCUGACUGAAUAACAGAGCAGCCUCAAUUGGCCAAAUGGCCUACUCUUCUUCCUAUUAUGUUCCACACCGUUCCAUCAUGGCCGUACCUCUGACCUUCCUUGACCUCCCACCCCUGAGGUCUCCUGGGGAGCAGUUUGAGGUCAUGUCAAACGCAUGGGUAAAGCACAUUUGAAACAAAAGCACCGCAAAUUUCAAUGGCGUCAACUGGAUUGGAGGCCAGGACCCACAAUGCAUCUGUGAUAAAGUCGCACCCUGUGACCAUCUCCCUGGAAUGGAGAAGCCACUCCCAAAGAUUGUAUCGAAAGCAAAAGGGAGCAAGAGAGGGAUGGGAGAGAGGGAGGGAGGGAGGAUGGACAGAAGUUUGCAUUGGCAUGGCACCUUUCAUGACCUCAGGACAUCCCAAAGCACUCAACGGCCAAUGAGACACUUCGUGAAGGAAAGUCGCUGCUGUAAUGUAGGAAACACGGCAGCCAGUUUGUGCACAGCAAGAUCCCACGAACAGCAAAGUGACAAUGGUCAGCUCGAAGGGCCUGUUUCCACACUGUAAGGAUUCUCUGAUUCUCAUCUGUUUUAUUAAUGCUGGCCACAGGAUAAAUAUUGACCGGGACACACGAGAGAACUCUCCAGCUCUCGGUCCAACGUUGCCAAGGAGAGGUCUCACACCCACCUGGCCAUUACUGCCUGGAAUCAGUCGGUUACUUCUCUUGAUCCCAUGCAGUGAUGACUGUUGGGAAAUGCCUUGGGGUAGGGUCAGUAUUGGGUUUGGCCAUUAUGGACUUGCCACAACAGUGCGCCAUUUUGCCCCAGUCAUCCCAAUACCACCCAUACCUCAUACAUGAAGAACUGCCACUUGACUGAAUGAGUUGCACUGGGUCUUCGUUUUAUUACCAACCAUUUACACGAUUCACUGUUCACCUUGCUUGCUUGAAGCUUUGGAUGUUAAAAUUCUGGUGUAUGAAAUAAUAAAUGUUUCUCUGUGUUAGA